GCUGUUCCCCUCCCCCGCCCCGCAGGGUGGCCGCCUGGGCGACACGUCCUGGGAGCGCCGGGCGGAAGCGCUGCUGGGACUGACACGUGGACUUGGGCGGCGCUGUGGGCCGGGAGCCGGUCUCGGACUCUGCGCACCGUGGCUGUCUGCUCCCGAUGCAGCCGCCCCGGGACAAGGCCCACCGGGACAAGGCCAACCAGGACACAGCUGGGGACGCUCAGUGGACCAGGCCUGAGCGCCAGGCAUGGACGGGGACGCUGCUGCUGGGCACGUGCCUGCUGUACUGUGCCCGUGUCAGCAUGCCCAUCUGCAUCGUCUCCAUGAGCCAGGACUUCGGCUGGAACAAGAAAGAAGCCGGCAUCGUGCUCAGCAGCUUUUUCUGGGGUUACUGCCUGACUCAGAUCCUGGGUGGCCACCUGGGGGACCGGAUCGGGGGCGAGAAGGUCAUCCUGCUGUCAGCCUCCGCCUGGGGCUUCCUCACCGCCGCCACCCCGCUGCUCGCACACCUGGGCAGCGCCCACCUGGUCUUCAUGACCUUCUCACGCAUCCUCACGGGCUUGCUCCAAGGGGUUUACUUUCCUGCGCUGACCAGCCUGCUAUCACAGAAGGUCCGGGAGAGUGAGCGAGCCUUCAUCUACAGCACUGUGGGGGCCGGCUCCCAGUUCGGGACCCUGGUGACGGGGGCAGUGGGCUCCCUGCUCCUGGACUGGUGCGGCUGGCAGAGCGUCUUCUACCUCUCUGGGGGCCUCACCCUGCUGUGGGUGUGUUACGUGUACAGGUACCUGCUGAGCAAACAAGAUCUCAUCCUGGCCUUGGGCGUUUUGGCACAAAGCCUGCCGAUGGCCGGGCACACCAGGGUUCCCUGGAGACAGCUUUUCCGGAAGCCUUGUGUCUGGGUGGCCAUCUUCUCCCAGCUCUCAGCCGCCUGCUCCUUCUUCAUCCUGCUGUCCUGGUUGCCAACCUUCUUCAAGGAGACCUUUCCCAGCUCCCAGGGCUGGGUCUUCAACAUGGUGCCCUGGCUGGUGGCGAUUCCUGCCAGUCUGUUCAGUGGGUUUCUCUCUGACCAUCUCAUCAGUCAGGGUUAUAGAACCAUCACCGUGCGGAAAUUCAUGCAGGUGAUGGGCCUGGGCCUGUCCAGCGUGUUUGCCCUGUGUUUGGGUCACACCUCCAGCUUCUGUAAAUCUGUGUUCUUUGCAUCAGCUUCCAUCGGCCUACACACCUUCAACCACAGCGGCAUUUCCGUUAACAUCCAGGACCUGGCCCCGUCCUGCGCCGGUGUGCUCUUUGGUGUGGCCAACACAGCUGGGGCCUUGGCAGGUGUGGUGGGUGUGGGCCUGGGUGGCUACCUGAUUGAGUCCACAGGCUCCUGGACAUCCGUGUUCAACCUGGUGGCCGCUGUCAGCAGCCUGGGGCUGUGCUCCUUCCUGGUGUUCGGGGAGGCCCAGCGGGUGGACCUGAGCCCGCGGCGGGAGGACCUGUAGCUGCCCGCCCCGCCCCGCCCCACCCCGGCCCAUCCAUCAGCCUCGGGCGAGCGGCUUCAUUUCAGAGUCUCUUCUCUUGACUGCAGAGGUGGAACCUCAGAGAGAGUCUCGAUGGAGCAGGAGAGGGGCGCCGCCCUAGUUAGACCUCAGGUGCCUGGAGUCAGUGUAGAGCAGUGGAGCAGUGGCUGGCACAGGCCUGGGCUGCACUCCUCUCCAAGACGGCUCUGCUUUGUUUCUCGGCACUGGGGCCGGCCCUGCUCUGUGGGGCAGCUGUGUGCUGUGAGUACUCAGCAGUGUCCUUGCCCCAGUACUGUCCCCCGAUGCCACCAAGUGUUCCCAGGGCAGCUGCCCGGGGUGGGUGGGGGCAGUGAGCUCCACCCCUUUGGCUGUCUUUGGGGACCCCACCCCAAUGUUUCCCUCCGUGGAUCUCCAGACACUAGCAAUGGCUCUGCUUCCCUGGCACCCAGUGCCACUGUGUGGGAGCCUGGGCACCCUCUCUGCCAAGGCGUUCCCCGGAACCAAGUGACCCUGCCUUCUUCCCGUUUAUGGCAGAGGAGCCGUUGCUCAGGAAUAAUAGGUGUCGCCAGAUGUAUAUGGAGAGAAAAGAAAUACAAAAACAUGGGGAACGUACCAAAGCCUUAUUUAAAUGAUGACUAUCCUUUUAUUUAAAAGAAGACUGUUAUUUUGAAGCACAUUGUUAAAAGAAUAAAUACUUGUAAAAUA